AUGAGAGAUAAUGAAGUUUUUCAAUAUAAUAAUAUUACAUAUUCAAUAGUUGAUGUAUUCCGAAGAGAAGUUCGUGUUGGAACUGGAAUAUUCAACGAGACUUAUCCAAAUGCUGUUAAUGCAACAUAUUCUGGUAUAUUAUGUAUUCCAAACUUUAUUACAUACUCUGAUCUACUAUGGCGUGUUGUUGAAAUAGGCACAUGCUCGUUCGCCUACUGUAAUCAAAUAUUAUCUGUAAAGAUAGGCUAUAAUAUCGAAAUUAUAAAGAACUAUGCAUUCUUCAGAUGCUAUUAUAUCGAAAAUAUCACAUUUGAGAAGCAUAGCCGCCUCAAAACACUUGAAAUGUAUUCUUUCUAUGAUUUAUAUGGCCUCAAAACAAUUGAAUUUGGAGGUGACAAGCUCCAAACAGUCGGUCAUUACGCAUUUGGAUUUAAUUUAGUUCUCAAAUAUAUAAGAUUUCCUCCAUCUGUAAGUUUCAUUGAUGAAAAAGCAUUGAGAGGCUUGGAAUUAUUAAGUAGGAUAGAUUUUUGCGGUGUGUCAUCAAGUAAUAAAGACAUAUUCGCAAGAAUUGAUCAAGAGAAUCAUUUAACACCUACAAAUGUCAUGAUAAAAGUAACAUCACGUUACCAAUCAGAAAAAUUUGGGAUAAAUGAUAACGUGAAUCUUGAUAAUUCGAUAGAUUGCAUAUUCCCUCAUGCACUCCGUGAUUAUGAUCUUCAGUGCCGAACAAUUUACCACAGUAGUUAUUUCUUUUAUUAUUCCUUAUUCUCAAUUUUCAUUCUUAUGUCUGACUCAUAA